AUGUUGAAUAAACCAGAACCCCCCAAGAAAAAUGUUGUGACCACACCUGAGAAACAAGUAGAGGAACCAGUAGAACCUGAGAAACAAAAAGAGGAAGAAGUUAAAGAUAAGGAAGGAGAGAAAGAUACUAAAGUUUACGUACCACCCCCUCCUUACAAACCACCAAUCCCAUUUCCGCAAAGACUUAAGAAAACCAAAUUAUACAACCAAUAUAAAAAGUUUGUAAAAGUGAUUGAGAAACUCCAUGUCGAGAUUCCAUUCACCGAAGCGAUCACCCAAAUACCAUCUUACGCCAAGUUCCUUAAGGACAUCCUAACUAACAAACGAAGACUUAAUGAUCCUAAACUCUUAGAAUGCAAUUCUAUUGCCGAAAAUAAACUCGCUAAAAAGGAGAAAUACCCAAGAAGUUUUUCUAUACCUUAUGUUUUAGGAAAUCAUGUUAUCGAUAAAGCACUCCUGGACUUAGGAGCCAACGUGAGCUUAAUGCCUUUAUCCGUUUGUAAUAGGUUAAACCUAGGAGAAAUGCAACCAACUAGAAUGUCCCUUCAAUUAGCCGAUAGAUCCGUUAAGCAUCCAAUGGGCAUUUUAGAAGACAUCCCAGUGAGGAUUGGCCAACUUUAUAUUCCUACAUAUUUUGUUGUCAUGGACAUUAAAGAAGACGAAAAAUUCCCUAUCCUUCUAGGUAGACCCUUCUUAUCAAUAGUUGGGGCUAUAAUAGAUGUCAAGAAAGGAAAAAUGACUUUUGAGGUAGGUGAUGAAAAAGUAGAAUUUAUAUUAUCAAAAUUCUUAAAAGCACCAGCCAUAGACGACUCAUGUUAUGUCAUUGACAUCAUCGACAAAUGCAUAAGAGAGUUAGACCAAGAAGACCCGUUGAAACAAUUAAAUUACCUUCGACUCCCAUAA